AUGGUAAGCAGUAAUCCAAUUGAAGAAGAUGUUGGUUUAUUUUUAGUUCAAUGCUUAUUAAUUAUAAUUAUAUCAAGAAUUGUAACAUGGCUAUUCGCAAAGAUUCAACAACCACCAGUAAUAGCAGAGAUUAUUAGUGGUAUUUUAUUAGGUCCGACAGCACUUGGAAAAAUACCACAUUUUACAGAGCAUAUAUUUCCACCAAACUCAAUUAAAAUAUUAAAUGUUUUUGCACAAAUUGGUUUAAUAUUUUUCAUGUUCAUUAUUGGUUUAGAGUUAGAUCCAACAUUAUUUAAAGGCCAAAUCAAGAAAUCACUUUUAAUUUCAGCAGCAUCUAUUAUGGUACCAUUUGGGUUGGGUAUUGCAGCAUCUAUUUACUUGGCACAUAUUCAAGAUACUGCAUGGACAUAUUCAUUAGGUAUUUUUAUUGGUGUAGCUUUAUGUAUUACAGCUUUUCCAGUUUUAGCUCGUAUUUUGACCUCAAAGAAAUUAUUACACACACAAAUUGGUAUUUUAGCUAUCGCAUGUGCAGCAAUUAAUGAUAUUUGUGGUUGGAUUCUUUUAGGUUUAUCUGUAUCUCUAGCUGGUAGUAAUGAUUCAUUGGGCACUGUUUGGACUUUACUUGCAUCAGUAGUUUUUGUGGCCAUUAUGUUAGUAGUUAUAAGACCUCUUUUAAAUCGUUUUGUUCCAAUGUUCUGGCGUGUAGAUCCACAUGGCCAUCCACCAUCACCAUCAAAUAUUAUAAUGAGUGGUGCUAUCCUCCUUUUAUUCAUUUGUUCAUUUGCAACUGAAUGGAUUGGUAUUCAUGCUAUGUUUGGUGCUUUUACUUUGGGUGCCAUCACACCAAAGGUUGGUGGUUUCAAUCAAGCAAUCACAGAAAAAAUAGAGGAGUUGGUUCUUGUUUUCCUCUUGCCAUUGUAUUUUGUUAUAUCUGGUUUAAGAACCGAUUUAACUACUUUAAACACUGGAGAAACUUGGUUAGGUGUAUUGGUAAUCAUCAGUUGUGCAUGUAUUGGUAAAAUUUUUGGUGCUGGUAUUAUGGCUAGAAUUCUCGGUUCAAGUACUCGUGACUCAUUCUAUAUUGGCAUCCUUAUGAACACUAGAGGUCUUGUAGAGUUAAUCGUAUUAAAUUUAGGUUUAGAUUUUGGUAUUAUUCAUACCAACGUUUUUGGUAUCAUGGUUUUAAUGGCUGUUUUCACAACAAUUUUAACAAGCCCAGUCAUAUCAUUAUUCAACGAAAAGCCAAAGAAAAAUCUUAGUGGCGAGCAAACUGUUGUUCUUUGUACCUCUACAUUGGAUAUUGGUCCAUCAUUAAUAGAUUUAGGUUAUGCUAUUGGUAAUAAGGUUCAGGCUACAGGUUUCACCAGAAGAAAGUUAAAGAAAAUUUAUUUACUUGCUUUAGCCGAAGUUAACGAUAGACCAUCCGAUUUCAUUUCUCAAAUUCGUAAAGACAUGUCAAAGAAUGCAUUCAGUCAUCUUAUUCAGCAAGGUACUUUUAUGAAAAUGAAGGUUUCAAUUAAAUCAAUUGUAUCAGAUAAUGAUCAUCUUUCUAAAGAUGUUUUACAGUUCUCUGAAAGCAAGGGUGCUGGUUUAAUAAUUAUUGGUGAAGAUAGUAAAGCAUUUGGUCAUGGUCGUGGUGGUACACUAUCAAGUGAUGUAGUUAAUAGUUUAAUUAAAAACUCAACUUCGCAUGUUGGUGUAUUCACAGAUAAAUCUGGUAUGAGAGGUAGCUAUCAACGUUUCAAGAGAAUCCUUUUAGUAUAUAAUGGUGAAAGAAAUCCAAAUGAUCAGGAGGCUUUAAAUAUUGCAAAUACUAUAGCUAGUACUGAAGGUUCAACAGUUACCAUUUUGGUAUUCGAUAAUGAAUUAUAUUGGAAUCAUAAAAAGAAAGCAGAUAGUUUAGUUAAUGGUAAUGAUAAGAAGUUAUUAAUUCACAGCCAACCAAACGAGGCAGACAAGUCAAAUAUAAAAAAUAAUGGUGAUGGCAUUAGUCCAGUUGGUGCAAAUGUUGUUGAUAAUACCUUAGUCCAUAGACAUCACUUAAGUGCUGAUCAUAAUACAUUAGCUCAAAGCGAAUUCACACCAAACAAUCAUUUCGAUAUCAAUAAUAUACAUUCUAUUAAUCCAAAUAGUAAUGUUAAUAAAGAAGCAUUUAAAAAAUUUUCAACUCAUCUAGAUUCAGUUAUUUAUGGAAAAAAUCAAUCAUCGAUUAAUGUAAUCUAUAAACCACAAAAAUCAAGAUUAAAGGUUCUUUUAGAAGAAUGCCCAAAUUAUGAUCUUUUAAUUGUACCAUACGAACAAGUUAAAGUUCAAUUAACUUCUUUCCCUUCGUUCCAUGUACCCGGUAUAGAUAUUAUGAAAAAAUCAUUGUCUAUGGUUCAUCUACCAGGCUAUAAAAAACAAACUUCACCAAUGGUUGAAAGAGACUUUGAACACGUUGAAGAGUUUGAUGACCAUCCAAAUAUCAAACAGUCAAUGUCUUCUGAUAUGUCUCGUUUACGUUCAAUUAGCAAAGGUUCAACUUCUUCACUUCAACAUAAUCAUCAUAUGACAAGCAGUGGUGUUGUUGGAAGUUCACCUAAUCCAUUAAAGAGGGCCUCAGAAUUUGAUAGUGCUAAUGAGGUAGAAAUGGAUAAUCUUAACAAUAGCGAUGGUGGAUCUGAUCACACAAAUGACACAGAACCAUAUUGGUCCAAGUGUCCAAUUUCAAGUUUAGUAAUUUACCACAAGGAUACAAUUCCAACCAUUAUUAAUCAAAUAAACAACAAUAAUAAUAACAAUGAAAAAAAUAGUAAAGGUAGUGAUGAUGGUUCUCCACAAAUUAUUGAUGAUCAUCUAGAUCCUUAUGAAGUUGACCCAUCAGAACUAAAAGUUUCUCAAACAAUCCAAAAUGUAUAA